CAAUCAUCUCAACAAGUGCAUCGAUGUUCCUCUCGUCUGCCAAGAAGGGCUGUUUGUGUCUCAACAUCAGCGCUCUUUCUGUUUUUGAACGGCUUCGGGAGACCUUUUUUACUCAGUUUAUCUUUAGGGUUCAUUACAUAAGGGGAGAUAAAGUUCGUCGAAGAAGCGACGAACAGCGACGAUGCAAUCGGUGGGUUGAACUGGGCCGAACAUCUUCCCAUUGAUCUGAUGGUGGCUAGCUGAAGAGGCUAACUCGGUGGUUAAAGUUGAGCCAGCCGUUUGUCUGCUGGAAGAUGAUGCGGAGUUGAGUCGGCGUUCUGGCAGCUAACAACGACCGGUUGAAUUCCGAGAUGUUCAUGUUGUUCAAGUUGUACCCGUAAGGACCGAGACAUCCUGACCCAAGUGGAGAUGGACCUCAGGAGGAGAAGAGUUCCCCGAAGAGUUCCCCUAACAGCUGUCCCCUGGAUGUGAAGGAGCUCACAGUAUGAGGAUGGCGGAUCAGCAGCUGUCCACAAGUGAAGACUGCGUCUCCUCUCCCCCGCCCCCCUCCGCGGAGAAGCCCCCCAUCCCGGCCCUGCUGUCUGGCCCGGCCCAGGUUCAGCCCGUGACCCUGGUACCCCUCUCCGAGAGCCACUUGAACGGCAUCAACUCCUCGUCCUUCUCCCGGCCCGCUCCCGUCAUCGGCCAGACGGACGGGAAGCCCUACCCUACCAGGAUCAUGAGGCUGUUAUCCAACCCCAGGAAGUGUCCCGGGACCGGGCCGGGUCAGGCCGGGGACGGCCCCCCCCCUGCUCCGGGCCCCGGAGGUGUCUCUGUUGGGGGUCAGGCCUGGACCCAUCUGCCCGGACUGGGGGUCAUACAUUCCUUUAAGAAGCUGCGUUCCUCUGUGCUCCAGGGCAUCCAGAGCAGGGGCACAGCCAAUCAGGACGGAGAGUGUUCCUCAAGCAGCCCCGAGGCCAACGGGUCUAGUGUGAGCGGCCGGGGACCGGGCCACGCGGACGGUCGGUUAAAGAGUGGCGAGUCCAACGGGUUCCCCGCUGACCAGCGGUUGUCUCUGAUGGGUCAGUACGGCGAGGAGGAGGAGGAUGCCGAUGAAGAGGUGGGCGACAGCGACGGCCCUCUGAGGAACACGCGCUUCUCCAGGAGCAUUCGUAGGGCCUACGGCGCCGGUCGCAUCUCCAUACUGGACACGGGGCAGAGCGGAGCGGGGGGGGGCGGCACCGGGCGCCCCCACGGGGACGCACACACCGCCUCCCAGGGCUCCGAGUCGGACGUCCGUCUCGGUGCGGAGCCCUCGGAGGGGAACGCCGACGCCAAGGUGCUGAGCCGCCUGAGCAGGAGCGCAGAGAACCUCAACCUCUUCCGGCGGAGGGGCCCGGCCCCCGAACCGGGGCCCGCCUCUGCACCCGCCCGGCCGGACCCCCUAGGGGAGCCUCCCUCGGGGACCCCCGCCCUCCAGAGGACGGGCAGCGUCUCCUCGGUGGGCGUCCGAGGCCGCAGCGCCCAGCGCUGGCUGAGCCCGCUCAGGACCAAGGACCACGUGCUGAGGCUGGUGGGCAGCGUGACGGACCUCACGGCCCGCCGCCGGCCCAGCGCCAGCCCCUCGCCCGCCGCCCCCCCGCCCUCCACCCCCCGCAGCCAGCGGCAGCGCAGACCCUCGCCGGCCCGGGCGCAGUCCGCGGGACCCCGGGGCGGGAGGGUAGCGGCGGCCGUCCCCCUGGAGCACAGCCUGGAGGUCCACCCCCGGCCGCGCUCCGAGUCGGCCAGCCCCGUCCACCGCCAGGGCGGCACGGGGCCGGCAUCACCUGCAGGGCCCCCCGAGCUCUGGGGCUCACCCUGCGUCCCCCCAGAGUCUGAGUCUCCCUCGGAGGCCUCCGGCACUCGGCCUACAUCCGGUCCUCCAUGGGACUCCCCUCAGCCCCCCCACAGGGAGCCCCCCCACCGGGACCCCCUGGACAGCCCAAGAGAGCGGGAGGCACCCCAGCUGGCCCUCUCUCGCUCCGCUUGGCUGCCCGACCAGAUCAAAGUCCAGCAGGCUGCCAACGGGCCCCGUGGUCCCUGGAGCCUAACCGCUAGGUAG